UUUAAAAAAAAAAAUAAAAAAAAAACGUUGGACUCCAAACUGACACGCAGACAGUAGUUUCGGAGUUUGGAGGAGGAGAGAAAGGGAAAUGGUGGGUUCAGCUCUGCCUCAGCCAGCCUGGUUCCACAUAUGGGAGGUGGCCUCCACACCCACACCCACAUCAAGACCGCUUAGUCUCGCCACCACCGCAACUUCUUUCCACAUCGGCCACCUUCUCCGCCUCCAUGUCAGCCAGCGCCUUGAAUUAGGGUUGCUUCUUCAUUCCCGCUUCCAGAAACUAUCCUGUCUGGAUCACGUGCCUAGAUUGAAGGAUGUAUGGCGCGAAAAAGCCUUCCAAUUCAGGGAAAUUAAUUUUUUUCAGUUAUCAAAAGAUGCUGUGACAUCCACAUAUUCAACUGGUCUAUCUUUCUUUGAUGGGGGAGAAAAAAGAAAGGGAUUUAGAAAUGAUGGGGUGCCGCACUCAAAGAUAUCAGGCAAGAAUGCAUUCGAUGGAAGAAGAUGGACCAAUAUUCUACUUGCUGCUAAUGUAUUAGUUUUUAUUGCACAAACCGCAACACAAGGGAAACUACUAUUAUGGGGAGCUAAGAUAAAUAGUCUCAUUGACGCAGGCCAACUGUGGAGGCUAGCAACAUCUUCCUUUUUGCAUGCCAACGUUGGGCAUCUAAUGGUCAACUGUUAUUCUUUGAAUUCAAUUGGUCCUAAUGCUGAGAAAAUCAGUGGUCCUAGGAGAUUUCUUGCAGUUUACUUUGCCUCUGCGAUUGCAAGUUCAGCAAUGAGUUAUUGGUUUUGCAAAGCACCUGCGGUGGGUGCUUCGGGAGCAAUCUUUGGACUAGUUGGAGCAGUUGCUGUGUUUGUAAUGAGGCAUAGACAACUGGUUGGAGGUGGCAAAGAAGAUCUGCAACACAUAGCACGAGUUGUUGUUCUGAAUAUGACUAUCGGACUACUGUCCAAAGGCAUUGAUAACUGGGGACAUUUAGGAGGCUUUCUUGGUGGGGCUGCCACAUCUUGGCUUCUUGGACCUGCAUGGAAGUAUGAGUCUGUUUCGAAGGAUGGACGGAGAGUUUUUGCGGACAGGGCACCAAUAUUCUACCUCAUCCAGAGAAAAUGAGAAACGUAGGCGAUUUUACUGAAACUACUGGUUUCUAGACUGAGCUUUCUCUAAUUUCUUGAAAUGAGAUACUCGUAUGGAAUAUUAUUAUUCGGUUAAAAGGUGCAUUGCUGGUUGUUUCUUCUUUAUUUACACUGAGAUCGCUAUUAUUGUACUUCUAGCUGGAUAUAUAUUCAUAUUAGCUUAUAUAUCAUGUUUUUUCCUUCGACUA